UGGCUGUCUUGUACUCGACCUGUUGAAUAUUCUGCAUAGCCGUCCCUCGGCGGCAGUCUCUUAAGUUUAGAAGUUGUCAUGCAGGGGGUAGUUCCGGGUUCAUACUCUCGUAUGUAGGCAACUGCAUAUCUUCGCACACAUAAUGGCUCUUUUACUAGAUCAUCAGUUUGCUCCCUUGCCGGAGAGUAGAGAGGUGGCUACAAAGACGUUUCUGGAAUCCGUAUCACACAUUCCUCCCUUUUUUGACUGUCUCGGCUCUAAAGUCUUUGCUCCUGUCAAAUCGGAUAUCAGUGGCAACAUAACUAAAAUUAAGGCAAUUUACGAGUCGGACCCGGAGAAGUAUGGGACCCUUCAGGACAUCCUGCUGGCGGAGAAGGUCAUGUAUGGAGAUAGCUGGCCCAAAGCCGGAGCCACACUGGCCCUCAUGUGGCUGAAGAGGGGUUUGCGCUUCAUUCAGCUGCUGCUGCAGAGUCUUGCUGACGGGGAGAGGGAUGAGAACAACCCUAAUCUGAUCCGCGUCAACAUCACCAAGGCCUAUGAGCAGGCCCUCAAGAAGUAUCAUGGCUGGAUCGUUCAGAAGGUCUUCAAGGCUGCACUGUUUGCCGCACCAUAUAAAUCGGACUUCCUGAAGGCAAUAUCCAAAGGUCAGGAAAUGCCAGAGGAGGAGUGUUUGGCGCAGGUACGACAGUUCUUAGUCAACUACACAGCCACCAUAGACGCCAUCUAUGAGAUGUUCAUUGCAAUGAACGCUGAGCUGGACUACAGUGUUUGAUUGAAAACUUCUUCACCACCGUAUGUGUCUUCAUUUUUUUUUUUUUUAAACAACUUUCUAAAUGCUGUUUGGGCCUAUGCCUGAAGUUGGGAGUAAUAUGGUACCUUUGGUACGCAGAGUUUCUGAGAGAACGCAGAGAAUCUGAAAAGAACGAGAGACAUUUUUAAAAUCCAUGAAGGAGACUGUUGGAAUUUUUGUUGGCACGACAAUGACAGCAAUAUGCACCUUUGCUGCUAGCUGUUGUACCAACAGUUUUGCUACACAUUUCACUGUGUAAUUACUAGUCUUGGAAAUGUUGAAUAAUUUAUGAAUUUGUAUAAUCUUUUUCCCGAAUCCUCAGGAUUUCUGUAAAUGUUAGAUAUUACAUUAUUAUGUUGGGGAUUUGUUUGUUUGUUUGUUUUCUCAAAUACUGUUUCUUAGGUUUAUUUUUCAAGCACUUUUGCUUUCUUUUAUUUUUAACUGCUGUUUUUAUUCAUUUAAAUGUGACAGAAAAUGCCUGCCAUGGCAUGGCAAUGUCAUGUAAUUUAUCUUCACGAGUAGGACAAAAAUUGCUGGAAACAAGCAUAUGUUUUGCGCACAUUACCAAAACAUCCUGUGUCUGAUUGUCCCCUUUUUACAUGCUUUUUAUCUGCUUUCACCGUCUUAUUUAUGCUUUUCAAUUGUCUUAAUUAGUCUCGUCUUAAAUAAAUAUCUUUUUCAUUACUGCCUGCAGGUGGUGCUGGUUAGCUAUUUUUAAAGUCAAAUCUUGAUAAGGACGGUGAGACAUUAUACUGACACUGGAGCCAUCAUGGUCACAGAGUUGUGAAAACCAAUUCUUGUUAUCCUGUAUCCAUUCAACCGUUUCUGUCUUCUUUUAUUUAAUUUAAAUAUAAAUAUAUUUAGUUUUUUGUUUGUCAGAAUUAAAGAUCAAUACUGUGAUUCUA